CUCUCUCUUUUCUGCUUUCUCCACUCUUCCCCUUGUUUCUUCGAUUUUCUCUCCUCGCUCCGCCAUAUCCACCGCUGGCGCCACUCACGCACACAUAAACAACAGGAACAGAGAGAGAGCCGCGACGCUCCUUCCUGUCCAACUCUGACGCUACGGUCAGACAUAUCACCCGAUUUACAUAGAUCCAUCCCAGCGUUAGGACUUCGUGUUUGACAACCACGGCCGGCAUUUUCGUACCGGAACAAAUUUAGAUCGCGGGGGAUGGAUAUAAUAUCGCAAUUGCAGGAACAAGUGAAUACAAUUGCAUCACUUGCAUUCAACACCUUUGGCACACUUCAGAGGGAUGCGCCCCCAGUACAGCUCUCGCCUAAUUAUCCCGAACCUCCUGCCAAUGCUACCGGUGUAGAAGACGCGGCGAAUCUUGCUGAGCAGCCCAAGCUUCUCAGUGCUGAAUUGGUGAAAGCGGCAAAACAGUUUGAUGCAUUAGUUGCUGCACUUCCAUUAUCUGAGGGAGGUGAAGAAGCUCAACUAAAACGAAUUGUGGAACUCCAGGCUGAAAAUGAUGCAAUUGGACAGGAACUCCAAAAGCAACUGGAAGCUGCAGAGAAGGAGCUGCAGCAGGUGCAGGAGCUGUUCAGCCAAGCAACAAAUAACUGCUUGAACUUGAAGAAACCGGAAUGACCCCAAGGAUGUAUGCAAGAUCAAACAACUUAUAUGACACAUUCUAAUCCAACAUGCACUUGUAAGGAGUUCUGACUAUAGGUAGAAGUUGUGUUUGUUGGAAGGAAUUCUUUGUUACGUUCUCUGCAGUUGAAAGGAAUUCUUGAUUAAUUUUAUUCCCCGGUCUAAUGUUAGUAGACGUCCUGCAAUUAUCCACGGCCUUCAA